CCCAGGAGUGGAAAAUCUAAUCCAAUUCUCUAAAACGGAAAGAUAUUUAAAGAAGUUGAAAGGACAAGCAAGAUCUGGCAGCACGGAUUUCCAGAAUCUAUACGGUUUGGAGCCACAGGAUGUCGCUCUUUACCAUAAAAUAGACCUGACAAAGAAGAAAAUAAAGGGAAACACAUCCCUCUGUUCUUACUGGAAAGAAGCUUCAUCCACCAUUCGGAGUCUGAAAAACGGAGGAUGCAACGACACUGCCCUGACCGAUCCAGAGGUUUCUCUUGGUUUUGAGACAGGAACUCUAAUUAGAACAAAGCACCGUGCAUUUGAGAUGGAGUUGUCCUGGGGAAGCAGCCAGGAAUCCCAGCACCUACUGCUCUCCUUUCUUCUCCUCGCAGUCUGGGAGACCGGGAGCGGCCAGCUCCACUACUCGGUCCCCGAGGAGGCCAAACACGGCACCUUCGUGGGCCGCAUCGCGCAGGACCUGGGGCUGGAGCUGGCGGAGCUGGUGCCGCGCCUGUUCCGGGUGGCGUCCAAGGAGCGCGGGGACCUUCUGGAGGUAAAUCUGCAGAAUGGCAUUUUGUUUGUGAAUUCUCGGGUCGACCGGGAGGAGCUGUGCGGGCGGAGCGCGGAGUGCAGCAUCCACCUGGAGGUGAUCGUGGACAGACCGCUGCAGGUUUUCCACGUGGAGGUGGAGGUGAAGGACAUUAACGACAACCCGCCUGUGUUCCCAGCGACACAAAAGAAUCUGUUCAUCGCGGAAUCUAGGCCACUUGACACUCGGUUACCGCUAGAGGGCGCAUCGGAUGCAGAUGUCGGAGCCAAUGCUCUGCUCACUUACAGACUGAGCCCCAAUGAGUAUUUUUCGCUGGAAAAACCAGCCGAUGAUGAACGGAUAAAAGGUCUUGGGCUUGUAUUACGGAAACCUUUAGAUCGAGAAGAAACUCCGAAGAUAUUUUUAGAGCUCACCGUCACUGAUGGAGGCAAACCCGAGCUGACUGGCACCGUCCAUUUACUCAUCACGGUACUGGAUGCUAACGACAAUGCCCCAGUUUUUGACAGAACACUUUAUGCCGUGAAACUGCCAGAAAAUGUUCCAAAUGGAACGAUGGUAAUUAAAGUCAAUGCUUCUGACUUAGACGAAGGCUUGAAUGGGGAAGUUAUUUAUUCAUUUUCAACUGAUAUUUCACCAAAUGUAGAAUCCAAGUUCCACAUAGAUCUGUUUACAGGACAAAUUAUUGUACAGGGAAAUAUUGAUUUUGAAGAAUGCAAAUCCUAUGAAAUACUUGUAGAGGGUACUGACAAGGGACAGCUUCCACUCUCUGGCCAUUGUAGAGUCAUUGUAGAAGUAGAAGACAUCAACGACAAUGUUCCAGAUUUGGAAUUCAAGUCUGUAUCACUUUCAAUAAGAGAGAACGCUCAAUUGGGCACUGUGAUCACCCUGAUCAGCGUGUCCGACCGGGACUCUGGUGUCAACGGACUGGUGACUUGCUCCUUAAAUCCCCCUGUUCCCUUCAAGCUGGUGUCCACCUUCAAGAACUACUAUUCCCUGGUGCUGGACAGCGCCCUGGACCGGGAGAGCGCGUCUGGCUACGAGGUGGUGGUGACUGCCAGGGACGGGGGCUCGCCCUCGCUGUGGACCACGGCCACCGUGUCCGUGGAGGUGGCCGACGUGAACGACAACGCGCCGGUGUUCGCGCAGGCCGAGUACACGGUGUUCGUGAAGGAGAACAACCCGCCGGGCUCCCCCAUCCUGACGGUGUGCGCGCGCGACGCAGACGCAAAGAGUGACUAA